AUGCCUGUACGACCAUUAACCAUCAGUUCUAUUAUCUUUCCAGAACAUUUUCGAUUUGUUAACAAUCAUCAGAAGUGGACAUCAACUCUGAUUUGGUCAACUUUAGUUGUCACCUUUUCGACAAGUUUUGUUAUGGGUGUUAACAUUGGUGGACCCAAUGUUUAUAAUGCAUUCAUUGUACCUUGGACACGAGGAUAUCCAUUUCCAUGCCAAAAAGAUGCCGGUGUUGCACAAUGGGUAGCAGGUGUAUGGUGGAAUUGCAACUAUGACAAUGUCUCACAUAUGAAUAAAACAGGCUAUUAUUAUCUACCUGAAGUACCCACCAAUCGAGAGCCUAUUCAACGGUUGAUAGAUGCAAUGCAUACGAUUUGUUUUGUUCUCGGUGGUACUAUUGGAGGUUUUACUGGACAAUAUUGGUAUAUAUUUCUAACGCGAAGAAAUGCUAUUUUUGUAAGUAUGAUCUUUCAAGUCGUUGCAUCUAUACUUAUGAUCAUUACAUUGGAAAUCUAUUAUGGAUAUACAGAUGGUGAUCCUGAUCUAUUGACCAUUGUUCGUACACUCCGAAAUAAAAAUGUGGCUGUUGCUCUUCUGUACAUAUCACGACUUUUAUCUGGAUGGUCUGCAGGAAUGUGUUGUGUGGUAUCUACAAUUUACUUGACAGAUAUCAGUCCACGGCCUAUGCGUGGCAAAAUUGUAACAUUUCAUCAGUUGUUUAUCGUCAUUGGACUUCUUGUUGGACAAAUCGUUGGUCUACCGUGGCUUCUUGGUCGACAUAAGCGAGUUCUCAUAUUGAUUAUUUUUUUAAAUGAAAUAUUGCCAUUGAAUGUUUUUAGUACAUGGAAUUGGGGCAUGUCAUGGAUUGGCCUAUUUUCAUUGGCAGGUUGUGUUCUCAUUUGGACAUUACCUGAAAGUCCACGCUGGUUGGUACAAGAUCAUCAAAGAGAUGCAGCUGCUCGAUCGCUUCGUACGCUUCGUCAGAAUAAUUUGAUUGAAGCAGAACUUGAUGAAAUCGAAAGGCAAGAAGCUACUGCUGCUAUGCAAGAUAAAUCUAUUUACUGUAUGUGUUUUUCACCACGUUUUCGCUGGCCAUUGCUAACUAGUAUAACAUUGAAUGCUGUUCAACAAUUUUCUGGCAUUAAUUCAGUCUUUUUUUAUUCGAGUACAACAUUUUCCGAAAUCGGUUUCGUCGAAGAUAAAGUUUACUGGGGUAUACUUUCAACGGGCAUCAUAAAUCUCAUUGCAACAAUAGGAGCACUAAAACUUGUCGAAUCAUUCGGUCGUCGAUCUCUAAUACUCUAUCCACUUGUCAUGAUUAUUUUCGUUAUGAUUCUGUUAUGUGUUUUUAUUGAAAUGCAUAAACCUAUCGUGGCAUUAUCGUUAACAUUAGUAUUCAUUGUUUUAUUUGCCAUCGGCCUUGGGCCAAUUCCUUAUAUUUAUCCAAAUGAAGUGUUUACUAUUGAUAUGAGACCAGCUGCUCUGUCCAUUUCAAUGUUUGCAAGUUGGCUUUGUAAUACAUUGAUUACUCUAUUUUUUCAAACAUUACGAACAGUAUUUCAGGGUUUCGUUUUCCUUUUCUUUUGUGUUUUUUGUUCAUUAGCUCUUUGGCUUUUGUGGUUUAAGAUGCCCGAAACAAAACGUAAAACACUGACCGAAAUUGAAGCGUUUUGGCAAUAG